UAUUAAUAUUAGCAACUUAUGAAAUACAUUCUGAUUGCUGUAGCUCUGAUCGCUCUUGCGAUGUGCGAGCCAGAACACCCAAGAUGGCCAACUAAAUUCUCAAUGGAAUUUGAUGAGAAAUUCACAUAUGGACCUCUGAGUGACGAAACUCACGGAACUUUCUAUUAUGAUGCUGCUAGUGGGAGGUACAAGGUUGAGAGAGAUAAUGGAAGAUAUGAUAGAUACUGUGGAUGGAACGGAAUCAAGAUCAUUGAUCCAACUCCUUGUACUCAUUAUGUUGAUGAGGAAGGUGAUAGAUAUUUAUACUAUCCAACUAGGAAGGAAUGCUGCUACUGCUGCUCAGCUGAGCAUGGAUGUGGCAUCCUAAGACAAAAUUGGCAGCAAGGAGCUGCUUUUGAAGGAGAAAUCGAAUUUAAUGGAUACCCAGCCUAUAAAUGGGAUAAGAAGGGACUGCAGAGUAAUCUGUACAUUGAGACGAUUGCUGAAAAUCCAGAUGAUAGAAUCAUGCUUAAUAUUGAUCAAAAGCCAAACGACAGCCAGACCUUUGACCCAGACACUUAUGAGACUGAUUUCCCAGACAAAAAGCUUGAAAAACCAUCCAUCUGCCAAAAGAGUCACAAAUGCUCUCUUCUCAGUGUUUGCACCGGAGUUCGUCACGGAUUUUCAUAA